AUGGGUGUUUAAUAAAGUGACAACAAUGAAGCACCUCCUUUCUUGUCACACAUGAAAAUGAUAUAUGAUAAAGGGAACUAUAAAGUUUAUGAGAAUGAUAAAAAUCAAAAAUUUGAUUACUAAGAAUUUAAAUCAAGCUAAAAUUCAUUUAAGAAUGAGUUAGAGGUUGCUUAAGAAAUUUAGAACCAAAAUUUUUAGGGAAUCGCUAAAAUCGAGUAGAUCUCUCUAUAACAAAGUGAAAAAUGGCUUAUUAAGUAUUCUACUUUAUGCAUUUUGACUGAACAUCCGACCUAUUCUCUAAGGGAGUAUUUGUAAAAGAAGGAAAAAACAUUAUCCAACCAAUAGAUAACUGAAUUACUAGUAUCAAUAACCGGAGCAUAAAACUAAUUAGGAAUGUAAAAACAAUAUCUUGGAUUUGAUAACAUAUAUACGAGUGAUGGAAAUGUUUGGAAACUCAAGCCAUUUUUUGAAUCCGAAUCCCCAUAUCAACGAUUAAUGAAGUAUAAGGCUGAGAAGACUCCUAAUUUCGAAUUAGACAGCUUCCCCGCUCCAGAAGAAUUUGAAGGUAAAGUCUGCGAUACCGAUAGAGUACAAAUUUUUGGUCUUGGUAUGAUUAUUUUAGAAUUGAUCACAAGUAUUAAGGAUUUUAUUUUGUAGAACAAAAAAGCAAAGAAGUCUAUUUACAAUAUAAGUUGAAUGAAUCAAUACUCUUGCAACGCGUUUAAUAGAUUUAAAAUCUGAAAUAGUAAUUUUCUGGAAAUUUAAUUGAUAUCAUUAUAGAUAUGGUUGAUACAGAUUUAGUCAGAAGACCCAAUUUCUAACAAUUAAUAAAAACUUUGAAGUCUCCUUCAUCAAAAAUAGUGUUCAUCUAAACUAAACUUGAUUGUCUACGAGAGAUCCCAAAACUAAAUCUUCUAGAUUCAGUUAGUUAUUUUGGAUAGAAUGUUUUAAAUUAAAAUGAAGAACAAACAAUAAGUAAAGCAAUAGAAGAAGCUUAAAAUUACAUUUCUAACAGCAUCCAAAAAAUGAAAUCAGAAUUGCAGAGCAUUCAAAAUCGGCAGAUUAUUGAGGAGUAAAAUGGAUAAAAAUAUGAAGGUCAAUUAGUUAAUAAUCUAUAUGAAGGAAAAGGUAGUUAUUAAAUCUAUUUAGGUCGACUCUAUUCCAAAAGAGGAGAUUUGAUUUAUGAAGGAGAAUUUGUGUAAGGGUAUUUUCAUAAUUUGGGAAUUCAGUAUUACUAAAAUGGAAUUUCUUUGAAAGAUAGCUAUGAUAUCUAGAAUUGUAAGAAUAUUAUGAAGUAUGCCAAACAAUACGAGGGUAAUUUUAGAAUGGGACAGUAAAGUAUUCUAUAAUAUUAGUAAACAUGGAAAAGGUAAAUUGAUUUUAACAAAUGGAGAAUAUUUCUGUGGGGAAUUCAAAAAUGAUGAAAUUGACGGUGGUGGUCAGUUUGUAAAAAGAUUGAAGGAGAAAAUAAUAGGGAUUUGGGAUAAUGGAAUAUUAAAAUCAACUCCAGGAUUUUAAAAAGAGUUAAUAUCUUUUAGAUCUCCUGAGUUUGUUAAUUAAUCACAACUUUCAGAAGACAACUAAAAAUAAUAAUUAUUUUUGAUUAAUUAAGAUGAGAUGCCUAAUCAUUAAUAACACCUAUAAGUUAAGAUUACAUCAAUUGAUUCUGUAAUAAGCAAACUGCAAACUUGCAAGAAUUAAUUGAUAGCUAAAAUUAAUACUCAUUUAUAAUAUUUCAGUCCUCAAUAAUAAUAAAAUAGAAAGGACCAUAAACUUUAUUUUGAUGAAGCCAAAACAAAAUUAAAGUAUGAAGGUCAACUUUUUACUGGGCAAAUGCAUGGAAGAGGCACUUUAUAUUUUGAGAAUGGAUAAAUUCCAUAUCAAUAUUAGGGCGAUUUUGUAAAUGGAAAAUUUGAAGGGUUUGGUAAUUUGAUGAAUGAAAAACCAGAGACCCAGACGCACAUUAAUUACUAAGAUUUGAGAGAUGUCAUUUAGACGGGGUAGUGGACAAAAUACUAAGGGACUUUUUUAAAAGGAGAGUAAGAAUAUAUAAAAAAUAAUAUAUAGGAAACAUGGACAAGGAUUUUUGUAUUUGAAUGAUAAUAGUGAGUUACUAGGGUUUUUUGAGAAAAAUUAGAUACAUGGAGAAGGAUAUUUAAAAAGACCACCACAAGAAGAUGUUUAUGCAGUAUGGUAAAACGGUAUACUUUAGAAGGAAUUAAAAGGCAAAUUAUGA